ACGUAGUUGGGUAUGUCAUGGUCUAGGUCAUCCAUUUUAAAUGCUGUGACAUUCAACUCUUUCGCAUUUAGACCUGUGAAAAAGAAGAAUUGCAGACUCAUACACGUCAUCCAGUUCAUAGACACAAACCGACAUGGACAUCGGCGCCCUGACACCAAUCGAAAUUACCAGUGAUUAUACGGGGUUCUCCGUCAACGUAGAGCAAAGAGCGAUGCUCGGAAAUUCCCUCGCCAAGCUGCAGGCGGACAACAAGGCCAAGGAGAUGAGGUUCCUGGGCUGCCUGCUGGGUCUGGAUGGCGAUUACUUUCUGGCCCAGUCCGUUGGUGAAGACUUUCUAAUGGAUCUGAAAUUUUUCUACAGCACGGACGGCAUGCACUGGAGCCUGCUGCAGGACUGCAACCCCAAGCUUGUGGACGCGGCCAGCAAGCUCAAGGGGCGCUUGACGGGGGACCCUGCGCAUGAUUAUGAUCCGGGGUCUGGUGACGCCCACGAGGACGCGGAGGAGGCAUCAACAACCCACUCGCCGGUGGUGAAAGAGGAGGACCGGCUGGCGUACGUGGUGCACAAGCUUUUCCACGAGAUCGCCAUCGUGCCGAGGAAGGCGCUGCUGUACACUCCGAGUGGAGCCGUCAUUCGAAACCCGUCCUUCGCAGGCCUGCGGCCGGUGGAGGGUGACCAGCUGGAGUCGUACCUGCACCUGCGCGUACCGACCCAGGAUCCGGUACGCAGGACGGCCGCUGACGCCGACCUGACCAUCGACUUCCUCGAGCCACUCGGCCAGGACUGCUUUAAAGCGUCGUGGGUGAUGAACCGCUGCUGUAGCGGGCGGGUGGUGGUGAUACGCAACCUGACAUGGCCCGGCUCCGUCUUUUAUCACCGACUCAACAGCACCGAGUACGGCUUCUGCUACAUGGGUACCGGCCAGGAGAACCUGGACUUGCCGUUCAUGCUGCCGUCGGCCAAGCCGCCGCCGCCGCCUGGGCUCGUUAUUGAGGGCGCCGGAGAUGAGGGCGAAGAAGAGGGAGAGGAAGAGGGCGAGGAGGAGGAGGAAGAGGGCGAGGAUGAAGAGGAGGACGAGGGUAAGGCUGACGAAGAGAAAGCCGGCGAUGAAGAGGGAGCAGAGAAACCUGAGGGAGAGGCAGAGGCGGGCGAUGCUCCGGCUACGGGUGCUUCGGAAACAAAGCCCGGUGAGGGCGAAGAAGGUGCCGCAGCGCCAGCUGACGGUGAUGCCGCGGCUCCGGCUGAUGGUGAUGCCGCACCUCCGGCUGAAGCGGGUACCGCUAGUGCGGAGCAGGGCACCGUUAAGUCAAGCGAGAGUGUUAAGCAAGGCAGCGGCAAGUCGUCGCGAGAGAGCGUGAAGCAGGGCAGCCAGAGGUCAAGCGAGAGUGUGAAGCAAGGUAGCCAGAAGUCAAGCGAGAGUGUGAAACAAGGUAGUGUUAAGUCAAGCGAGAGCGUUAAACAAGGUAAUGUCAAGUCAAGCGAAAGUGUGAAGCAAGGUGAUGGUAAGUCAAGCGAGAGUGUGAAGCAAGGUAGCGUCAAAUCAAGCGAGAGUGUGAAGCAAGGAAGCGUAAAAUCAAGCGAGAGUGUAAAGCAGGGUGAUGUUAAGUCAAGCGAGAGUGUGAAGCAAGGUGGCGUGAAGUCGAGCGACAGCGUAAAGCAAGCGAGCGUGAAGUCAUCGCGCGAGAGUGCAAAGCAAGGUAGCGUCAAAUCAAGCGAGAGUGUGAAGCAAGGGAGCGGCAAGUCAAACGAGAGUGUGAAGCAAAGUGAUAGUAAAUCAAAGGAGAGUGUGAAGCAAGGUGGCACUAAGUCAAGCGAGAGCGUAAAGCAAGCAAGCGUGAAGUCAUCACGCGAAAGUGCGAAGCAGGGUGGCGUUAAAUCAAGCGAGAGCGUAAAGCAAGGUAGUGUGAAGUCAUCACGUGAGAGUGUGAAGCAGGGUAGCGUGAAGUCGGGGGAGAGUGUAAAGCAAGAAGAAAACGCCUGAUACGUCGGUACUAUGUCGC